AUGUUCAGAUCAGAUAAACCGUUCACUGCUGUUUCUGUGCAGAUCGAGAGUCUGACGAGCGAGCAAUAUGAAGUCGAGGACUCGAGUGGAAUUGUCGACUUGAUCGAAGUCGUCCAGAUUCAGGCGACGGGCCCAAGCGAAGCUAGUCGCGCGUUGCGGAAGAAACUGAAAUACGGCAACCUUCACCGUCAGCUCCGAGCCCUCACAAUCUUGGAUUUCCUCAUCCAGAAUGCGGGCGAACGAUUCUUGCGUGGAUUCGCCGACGAACCGUUACUCGAACGUCUUCGUAUUGCCGCCACAGAUCCUGUAUCUGACCCAGAAGUCAGGAAAAAAUGUCAGCAGCUCUUCGGACAAUGGGCAGUAACUUACAAGGACACUCCAGGCAUGGGUGGUAUUACAGCACUCUACAGGCAAUUACCAAAACGAAAACAGCCAGCACAGCAGGCUCAGGCCAAAGUGCUGAGAGAAACUGCAGCACCAGUACCGGAGGCGCCGAUGGGUCACUCGGUCUCUAUUUCAGUUGGAGAAGGCCCUUCAACUGUGUUGACUUCCCCCAAGUCGUCCAAAAAGUCUAAACGUUCCUCGGCAUUUGGCUCUUCCAGUUCGAAAGGCCACAAAAAGACGGGUUCCAAGGCAUUCAACAUGGAGAAGGAGAAGCCUGAAAUCUUGCAAACCAUCGCAUCGUCGUCGGUUGCGAGUACCAAUCUGCAAAAUGCAUUGAAAUUGGUCAACCGAGAGACGCGCAGAGUAAGCGAGGAUGAGGAAGUCAUAACUCAAUUCGAGAGAUGCAAGAGUCUUCGACGACAGAUUUUGCGUUACAUUCAAAACAUAGAAAGCGGGGAUCUACUCGGUAGUUUGAUUCACGCCAAUGAGGAACUAGUCACAGGAUUGAUGGCAUUCGAAGUGCUCGACAAGAGUCUGGACUAUGAUAGUGAUAGUGAAGACGAGGGAUACAUACGAGGCAUUGACGAGAGUUUCUCUGGCAUAACCAUUGGGCCUCCCAAACCACCUCGCCCAGCACGACCCACGAGUAUACCUGGAUAUCCUACAGAUAACAAGAAAUCACCUUUCAAACUCGAGGACUUGGAAAGUGCUAGUGAAUCUGAAGAGGAGGAUGAUGAAAACAAUCCUUUUGGGGAUAGGAAUGAAGUGUCGACUCCAUAUAUCGAGAAGCAGCAGCCUACCUGGAGGGAAGUCUAG